CCUUUUGAAACCCCCAUAUUUCGCCGCCGCCACUUCUUCCCUUCAAACGUGUCACUCCAAAGCUCAACCGCCAGACACUCGACAAUCCCCGUCUAAGCUUUGCAGCUUCUGACCUGCUCUUUGCUAUCCUAUUAACGACUGCAGUAUCAUCUGCGCACCCCAUGGUUCAAUAUGCGACUGUCGGUUAUAGCACCGUCUGUGUGGCUGUCGACAGUGUGCCUUCUUGGCCGCGCCGUGUCAGCGCUGUCCGACGACGAUUUGCGACAUAUUCCCUCUGUGGGCGACGAUUUUAAUAUUAAGACUGGCAAGCUUCUUGCUCCUAUUCUGAUACCACGCGUACCUGGCACCGAAGGACAAAUCAAGACGCAGGAACACUUCGCCAACUUCUUCAAAUCCGAAUUGCCAGACUGGACUCUGACAUGGCAGAAUUCAACAUCCAAGACGCCAGUCAGCGGAAAUAAAGACGUUCCCUUUAAUAAUAUGAUAUUCCAUAGAGACCCUCAUUGGACUUCGGCUGGCGAUACCGCGCGUCUGACGCUUGUCGCUCACUACGACAGCAAAUAUUCACCAGAGGGCUUUAUCGGUGCCACUGACAGUGCCGCACCAUGCGCCAUGCUUUUACACGUUGCGCGAAGCAUCGACAAGGCUCUUACAGAGAAAUGGAAGAAGAUGGAACAGAAUGGAGAAGCAGACCCUUCACUGGAAGCCGCUGCAGGCGUGCAAAUCAUGUUCCUUGAUGGCGAGGAAGCAUUCUUACAAUGGACAGACGAUGACUCGUUAUAUGGCGCCAGAUCGCUGGCCGAAAGCUGGGAGCAGGAAUUCCAUCCUACGUUCUCAACGUUUAGAACCAAGCUAAGCUCUAUAAGCUUGUUUGUGCUGUUGGAUCUCCUGGGAGCGCCCAACGCAAAUGUACCUUCAUAUUUCCUUACGACUCAUUGGGCCUACAGAAAAAUGGCAGACUUAGAGAAGCGCCUCCGAGAUUUAGGCUUGUUGGAGGCCAAAGCUCGCAAGCCGUUCUUACCAGAUGCCGAAAAGAAGUCAGAAGAAUUCCGUUAUUCAAGCGGUAUUCAAGACGACCAUAUACCUUUUAUGAGACGUGGAGUUGAUAUUCUACAUAUGAUUGCGUACCCAUUCCCACCGGUAUGGCAUACUAUGGACGACGAUGGCGAGCACUUGGAUAUCUUCGUCACAAAGGACUGGGCCAAGAUUGUCACAGCCUUUGCUGCUGAGUGGCUCGAGCUCGAUGGGUUAUUACAGAAACCUGAAACUCCAAGCAAGAGAACAGAAACCACGCCGUUGAGCAGCGAGCGAACUGAAUUGUAAUUCUGGAUCCUGGGCGUUAUAUCUUUGGGAAAUGUUGCGCAGACCUGGCACAACAGCCGAAUGUACUUUACGACGAAUUGGCUUUUCAAUUUAAAUACCCCCAAACUUUUAAUCCAUCUAUACCAAUUAUAUAUUUAAUAAAAUAAACAAGCAGAAAUCACAC